AUGACGCCGCCAACAAUUGGCAAGCAAGUUCCUAUGACAAUGGGAAGACUGGCAAAUCGCAGUCCAUCGUGCCGGAAACACGUAACACCCAAAUCAGCAAGAUCAUUGCGGCUCCGGCUCGAACAUAAGAAAAGAGGAGUACCUCCUAUUGCGAGUCGCGAGUCUUGUGACGGCCAUGAGAUAUACAUCUCAGUGGCCAGUUUCGACAGCACCUACCUCCACUGGCUAAGGAACAAGCGGGCCAUUAGCCGACCUAAGGACAGCUUCCUUAACAUGGCCCGAUAUGGGCCAUGGUUCAUUGACAGCGCGGAACAUGUCGCUGAAUUUGCGGCUAUUAUCCUUGCCAUUAUGGUAGCGGAGAAGUGA